AGACGAACACAAUGUAUUUAAUAUAUAUGUAGUGUCAGUUGUCAGCUCCAUAUAUUUUAUUCAUUUGUAAACUAGUCAACAUGUUUAAAUAACAAUAAUAUUUUUUUAUAACUUUAUCAGUGUAUAAUUGGUGCCAAGAUCAUGGUGGUUAAUCUAAAACACCGUUUAGUAAAUCUAAUAAUAUUUUAUUUAUUCUUGCCAUCUAUAUAUUUAUGCUCUUAUCUAACCUUACGGAGGUUAAAAGUUUUGAGAAAUACAAAUAAAUUUUUAUCAACUUUUCCAUAAUAAAAACUAUAAUAUCCGUUGUACAGAUAUUCUAAGCAUUUUUUUAUUUUAAAAAAUGUCUGAAGAUAAAAUAAUUCUUAAUCACAAGAAAUCAUUUAGUUAUGGAGAUAUCGAUCCACACCAAAGAAUGUCUCAAGAUUCAGAGUUUGAUGAUGGACUUGGAGUACCUGAUUCAUUAGAAAUGGCAUCAUUAGACGAACCUAAUGAAACUGUUAAUUCUAACAACAAAAUUUCAGAUGACAAAUUAACCAUAGUAAAAACUAUACCAUUUUCUGCUAUUUAUUCUCCACCAAUUAAAGGUACAGGUAGAAGUUAUAAUAUUUUUAUUCCUGGAGAAGCAAUCCACGUCAAAAUUAUAGAUAAUGAAAGAAAUAUUACCACUCAUCCACUCAAUCCAAAUUUAUAUACAAUUGAAUUACAACAUGGACCAUUUGUUUGGACUAUCAAAAAGCGAUACAAACAUAUACAAAAUUUACACAAUCAGUUAAAAAUAUUUAGAGCUAGUUUGAAUAUACCAUUUCCAACAAAAAGCCACAGGGAACGCAGAAAUAGUUUAAGGAGUCUUGAUGAGAAUAAAAUAAAACGAAAGUCACGAUGUGCUUUGCCAAGAUUUCCUAAUAAACCAGACUGCUUAGUGUUUUAUGAAAAUUUUAACCACCGAAUAAAAACUUUAGAAGAGUACUUAAGAAAUUUACUGCAAAUUGAAAUCUACAAACGUCAUCCAGAAACAAUACAAUUUCUAGAAGUAUCUAGAUUAUCAUUUAUCAAAGAUCUUGGUGAUAAAGGAAAAGAAUCUGCAGUUCUUAAAAGAACUGGAUCAAGCGCAAAUGCAGGAUGUAUGUUAUGUGGACUUGGAGGACUAACAUGUGGUUACAUGUGUACUUCACUAUGUGGAACUUGGCAUGUUCGACAUCUCGUUGUUAAAGAAACUUUCAUACUUUAUAUGACACCAAAGGAUGGAGAAAUACAGUCUGUAAUUCUGAUGGACAAUUCAUUUGAAGUAAGCUCAGGGAUGUAUGUAACAGGCUUAAGGCACGGGUUACAGAUCAUGAAUUCUAGUAGGCAUAUUGUAGUAAAAUGUUGGACAAGAAGAAAAGCAAGAGAAUGGUUGAGUUUUAUUCAAGAUACAGCCAAUAGUCACGGAAAAUAUUUUAUCCAAGUAAAUCCUCAUCGAUCAUUUGCACCAUAUCGUACACCAACUCCAGCAAGCUGGUUUGUAGAUGGAUCAAGUUACAUGUCAGCAAUAGCAGAUGCAUUAGAAAAUGCUAAAGAAGAGAUAUUUAUUGCUGAUUGGUGGCUAUCACCAGAAAUUUAUAUGAAACGGCCUAUAAUUCAUGGUAAUUAUUGGCGACUUGAUAAAAUUUUACAAAGAAAAGCAUUGAGCGGCGUUAAAGUAUUUGUAAUGAUUUAUAAAGAAGUAGAAUUAGCUCUUGGAAUAAAUAGUUAUUAUAGCAAACAAAAAUUAGUUUCUGCAUGUCCAGAGAAUAUAAAAGUCUUUCGACAUCCUGAUCACGCAAGAGUAGGAAUUUUCCUUUGGGCACAUCACGAGAAAAUAGUUGUGGUGGAUCAAACAGUAGCAUUUGUUGGUGGCAUUGAUCUCUGUUAUGGUCGUUGGGAUACAGAAGAGCAUAGAUUAACUGAUUUGGGAUCAACACAUCAAUCAAGUAUUUACAUUCCUACAAAAGGAAAAAUAACGAAUACUAGCAGUAAAAGAAUCGUUGCUGUCAGAACUGAUAAACAUGUGAUUCUUCCUUUAGCUAUUGCAACCAAUACAAUUUUAAUGGCAACAACAGGAUGUUUGCCAGUAAUUCCAAUGCCAGGAAAAUGCAUAUCGUCAUCAUCACAGCCAGAUUUUAGUAGCUCAACUUUAUUAAUACCAUCAAAAGAAACUCAAGUAUUUAAAUGCAAUACACCAGACUCUCAGAAGAAAAAUCUAAUCAAUAUGGCUAGAACAACAGUAGAUCGAGUUAAACAAAAUGUUAAAAUCAAAAGGCAAGAACUCAUAAAUAUGGUUUAUAAUCCGAAUGAAAUGGAUAAUAGUAGUGACAGUGAAGAUGAAAUAGAUAAUGUAGUAAUCAGAGAGCCUGUAGAUGUAGAAGGAGUGUUAAAAAAUAAUGCCGAUAUUUUAUCAGGCCUUCCUGGAGCAGCUAAAUUAUGGCUUGGGAAGGACUAUAUGAAUCUUAUCGUUAAAGAUUUUUACGAUCUUGAAAGACCAUAUCAUGAUCUAGUAGAUCGUAGUACAACUCCUAGAAUGCCUUGGCAUGAUAUUGGAGUAAUGGUUCAAGGUGCAGCAGCACGAGAUAUUGCUCGGCAUUUUAUUCAACGAUGGAAUGCUAUUAAAAUGGAAAAAGCUAAAUUAAAUAAAGCUUACCCAUUUUUACUGCCAAAAUCAUAUAGAGACUGCUCUAGUAAUACACCUUUUAUUUCUUCGAAAUUAAUCCAUAAUGUUAAGUGCCAAGUUUUGCGAUCAGUCAGUUCAUGGUCUGCUGGGUUCCUUGAGUCGGAUGCUGUGGAAGAAAGUAUUCAUGAAGCUUACAUAGAAGCAAUUACUAACUCAGAAAAAUUUAUUUACAUAGAGAAUCAAUUUUUUAUCACUUUGGCAACAAUGGAAAGAAGUACUGUAAAAAAUAGAAUUGGUGAAACUCUUUUAAAAAGAAUUUUACGAGCGCAUAGAGAAGGUAGUGUAUUUAGAGUUUAUGUAAUAAUGCCUUUAUUGCCGGGAUUUGAAGGUGAAGUUGGUGGUUCAAGUGGUACUGCACUGCAUGCAAUUACACAUUGGAAUUAUCAGUCAAUAUCAAGAGGUCGUUGUUCAAUACUGAAUAGAUUAAUCGAGUCAGGAGUUGAGAAUCCUAGUGAAUAUAUAACAUUCCAUGGGUUAAGAACCCAUUCAAUCCUAAAUGGUACCAUGGUCACGGAGUUAAUUUAUGUACACAGUAAAUUAAUGAUUGUAGAUGAUAAAAUUGUGAUUUGUGGGUCAGCUAAUAUUAAUGAUAGAAGUAUGAUUGCAACACGAGAUAGUGAAAUAGCUGUGAUUAUACAUGAUGAAGAAUUUGAAGAAGGAAAAAUGAAUUCAACUCCUUAUCCUUGUGGAAAAUUUGUUGGUUCUUUACGAAAGCAACUAUUCCGUGAACAUUUAGGUCUUUUAUGUUAUCCUAGAACUAUUAAUAUAGAUGAUGUGAUAGAUAAGUCGUUCUAUUAUGAACUUUGGAAAGCAAGAAGUAAAGACAAUACAGAAAUAUUUGAAAAAGUUUUUAAGUGUAUCCCGUCAGAUGAAGCUACUGAUUUUAUUACCUUGAAAAAUUAUCAAAAUUCCAUUCCGUUAAGCAUAUCAGACCCUAUUAUUGCUCAAGAAAUGCUAACAAAUGUUAAAGGUCAUUUGGUCGACUUACCUUUGGAAUUUUUACGCGAUGAAGUAUUAACGCCUGGCGUCAACACAGUUGAAGGUAUGAUGCCAACGUCUCUGUGGACAUAGUACAGUAUUAAUUUUAUACAAAAAAAAUGUAUUUUAGUAACAGUUUAAAAUGAAAUUACUAUUUGAAAUGAUUGAAUACUCAAUCCCCAUAUUACAAAUAUGCAAUUGACUUUUAAAGUUUUUACAAAAAAAUAUAUAUGUUCUCGUAGAUAAUGACUUUAAUACCAACAACUAUUUUUUAACUAUUUAUAUACCUCAAUUUUACAAUAUUUAUAAGAUAAUCUACGUAUAUGAUAACAAUUGUUAAUGCUACUUAUAUGGUUAUAUGUUAUUAAGUGGUGACUGGUUAAUUUACUAUUAAA